AUGGCAGCCCCCACCCAAUCCCAUAACGCCUUACCCGAUGGCUUCAGCGUCACUACUAUGACUCUUGACCUAAAUCGCGCGGAGUUCAAACAUUUUAUACGCGCCAGCCAAGACGUGCCCGGAACUACAGAGUAUUGGUCGGCUCCUCCAACCUCCAUUCUUUGGCUCAGCUGUCAUCCCCACAAUUCUUACUACGACAGGGACGGCAAGGGCUGGGAGGCUAUUGAGAGAAAACAUGUUGCGACGCUAAUCCGCGCCUUUACGAACAUCCGAGCGAAAUUCCCGACUCUCCAACCGGUGUACGGGGUUAUAGCCAUUGGGGUGGAUCUGCGACUGUACAGGGAGAGGCUGAACACAGAGGAUGAAGCCGAGGAUGGCAAGCUUGCGGUGGAACAGUUCUCGUUCAACGAACAAAACGUUUUUCACGAUUAUAAAGACAUCGAAAUAGUGAAGCAGUGGAUGUCAUCCAUCCCUCUCAACUUUGAGCCGGAUACACGUCUUAAGUCUGACCUUAAGGAGCUCUAUGGUUGGGAUCCCAUUUUCAUCGAUUUGUUGGGUAUGUCUUGGCUGGAUUCAGAUGAAUCUGACUAGCAGUUUAUACUGCCGAGUGAAUCCUUCGUGCUCUUUGC